AUGAUGGAAGGGUUUGAGAAUUGUGGAAAUUCGAAACGUAUGCAUGUGAAACCAUCGACUUGCAAUGAAAUGGAGGAAGUUUUAUUAACUUGGUUUCGGCAAGCACGCACUGCAAACAUUCCUAUAAACUUAACUAUUCUUAAGGAGAAGCAUCAUGGUGUUGUAUACAAAGCAGAAUGUGGAGAAAGUAAAAGUGUGGACGAACCAACUGUAACUCAGUGGAUGCAGACUCUCCCUAAUCUGAUACAUGGCUACAAACUGCGUGACAUUUAUAACACUGACGAAACCGGCAUGUUUUUCAAUUUAAUGCUGGAUAAGACAUUUACUUUUUGUGGGGAAAAUUGCCAUGACGAGAAUUUGAUGCCAUAA